GAGGUGUCCCUGCCGGGGGCGGCUCCGGUCCCCGCGGUCCCUCCCCGGUUGGCGGCGCCGGGGCGGGAGAGGCGCUGCGUGCGGGAGCGGCGAUGCUGCGCUACAGUUCGGGGCUCUCGGUGACCGCCGCCUCCCCGCGGCGGCCGGAGCGGCGGAAGAUGAAUGUCUGUAGGCUACGUUUAACAGUACCGCCUGAUGAGGGCUCGCAGCCUGAACAGGGAGGAAAGGAACCUGAAAGAAAGAAAAAUGAGCUCUACCAUGUACCAAAUGGUAUGUCUCCGGGGAAGCUCUCUCAUGGGAUGGUGUACGGUGUCGUGCACCGAACUGACAACAACCACAAGAGAGAAAUGGUGGUUUAUGGCUGGUCAGCCGAUCAGCUGAAGGAGGAGAUGAAUUACAUUAAAGAAGUGAGAGCAACUCUGGAAAAAGUAAGAAAGAAAAUGUAUGGUGAAUAUGAUGAAAUGAAACGAAAAAUACAGCAGCUAACAAACGAACUGAAAGUGACAAAUGCUCAUCAGGAAUCCUUAGAGAAUCAUGUGCGCGUGCAGGCUGCAGCCUUAGAUAGCUUUAGUGAAAUGAACAGCUCCUUGACAUCAGCAUCAAUAGACUUGCAGAAAACUCUAGUGGAUGUUACAUUGGAGAACACUGACAUAAGGGAACAAAUAAGGAAUUUAAAACAUACACAUGAGCAAUCUAUGGAAAAGCUGAGAGAGAAGCAGAAGCAACUGGAAACAGCGCAAAUUGAAAACCAGUUACUGAAAUUAAAGGUGGAAUCGUCUCAGGAAGCCAAUGCUGAAGUCAUGAGAGAGAUGACAAGAAAACUGUAUAGUCAGUAUGAAGAAAAAAUGCGAGAAGAGGAGCAGAAACAUAAAGCUGAGAAAGAAAUCCUCCUAGAGGAAACGAAUCGGCUUCUGAAGGCUAUUGAAGAGGCAAAUAAGAAGAUGCAGGUUACAGAAACAAGCAUACAGGAAAAGGACCAGAGGAUUGGUGAGCUAGACCGGCUGAUUGAACGCAUGGAAGAGGAACGGCACCAGCUGCAAAAACAACUUGAAUUAAAUGAAAUACAAUUAUCUGGAGCAAAAUCUGAAAACAGCUCUGACAGUGAAAGGUCACAGCAUCUGGAGGAGGUAGCAGCUAGCCUAAGAGAGCGAAUCAAACAUCUGGAUGAUAUGGUCCACUGCCAGCAGAAGAAAGUCAAGCACAUGGUCGAGGAGAUUGAAAUGCUAAGGAAGAAAGUAAAAGAAAAGGAAUUAUUUAUAAUACAGCUUUUAGAAAAAAUUUCUUUUUUAGAAUGUGAGAAUAAAGAAUUACAAGAUAAAUUGGACUACUUAAUGGAAAACCAGCCAAAGACCAAUAUAGAAACCAGAGACACUGGUGUAGGAUGUGAUCUUCCAUACAGGAAAUUCAUUGCUAGGCUUCCAGAUAAGGGUAAGAAGAUCGCCGAUUUUGCCGAAAAGCUGACGCGUGCCAUUUUACAAGAGGAAGAAUUGGCAAGGACGGCUGAGCUGUUAUCUGCUGUCAGAUUGGAGUUUCGGGUGAAACAGGAGGUUAAUAGAAGCAGACAACAAGUUAUCCUAGAUGAGGACACGCUAAACUGUGAGGAUUCCUUACUCUUUAAUGAAAACUCCAGUAUUAAAAGUGUUCCUGAGAUUUCUUCCCAAAGGCAGGAAGCAGGAUGUAUUCAGCAAGAUGCCACAACUACGGAUCUGGAAAAUCAAAGGACUCAGAGGAAAAGUGAUAAUGCAAAACCUGUUGCAGGAGAUCAGAAUCUUUUUGGUGAUGUCAUCUCCAAGUCAUCCACAAGCAGUGAUCUGAAAAAUGAUCAGCAGGCAUUGCAGAGCCGUUCUGAGGAUGGUACAGAAAGUACAGCUGCUAUGGACAGCAGUAAAGACGCAUUGGUUGAUGCCUUUCAAAAAAUUACAAUUAUAGAUGGGGAAUAUAGUGAAAAAGUAUUGGAAAAAGAACAGAAUGUGGCUAAACGUAUGGGCAGUAUCUUUGGAGGACAGCACCCCAAGACACCACAUUAUAUUGAAGUUCUAGAGGCCAGAGCCAAGAACCCAGUCAAAAAAAAAAGCAAAUUCAAACCAAAUAUGUUAUCAGGAGAGCAAAGUGGAUCAUCGCGUGAUUCCUCAUCCAGUCAGUCACCCAGGGGAUUUGGCUCUCCAAUGACUGCUGAAGAGAGAAGACUUAGAGAUAAGAGACAUUUGAAUGACAUCACAGCAGCUCAGCUGCCACCACUUCACCAUUCCCCUGCUAAGCUGCUAUCCAUAGAGGAAUCGAUAGCAAUUCAGAUACAGCAAAAAGAAGUUUAUGAGGAAAUGCAAGCCAAGCUUGCAGCGCAGAAGCUUGCUGAGAGAUUGGAUGUAAAAAUGCUCAAGUUCGAACCAGAGGGAGAGACCUCAAUGCAAUACAGAGAAGUGAGAGAUGAAGAUUAUUUUUCAGCAGAGGACUGAAUUUGAAGAAGGGAUGUCUGAGGAUGAGCCAUGUAACUGAUCUUUAUGCAGUACUUCUUAAAAACCAAACCUGGAUAUUUAGAAUGUGUGAUGUAGUCAGUUUUUUUCCUCCAAUUUUUAAUUGCAGCUUUUGGAAGGGUUCAGUCUAAACGCCAUAAAUAUAAGUGUUAUCAAGUGGUAACCCCAGUGAUAUUUGGGGACUAUGUUUUGAGUACUUGGGGCAGUUAAUCCUUGUAGAAUGCCCCAUAGUUUUCAGCUACAGCAAAGUUGGCUCUUUGAUACGCUUUUGCAGGCUAUGACAAGUCAUCAACAAGAGAAGGUUUCUUCUGUGCAGAAAUAUGAUUACAAAGGGCGUUGGCACACAUGUCCGUGGAGUAAGCUAAGGUGCCCAUGAAAUGCUCGUGUGUAGGAAAGUUUUUGUCUUGUAUAAAUGUGAGAUACUUCUUUAUCUAUUUAAGAUUACCUUUCUUUUACCAUAUGGUGAACAUACAUGCCUGGACAGCUGCAAUAAAUACGUGAUAGGCUGUAAGUUAGCUUCUUAUCACAUGAGAACUUGUUUCUGUGCCUGCACCUUAAAAUAACACUUUCUGCCCUUAUGUUUUAAACAGGUUUAGAAUUUCAAGUUGUUUUGUAACUCGGAUUCUGUUUGGGCCUUAUGAGACUCUGCUGUAUCAUUUUUGGUGAUUACUGCGAAGCACAUCAAGAGAUCAAGUUAAUCUGAAGAUUUUAAUAUUUUUAUUAAAGGUCUUGGUGUUUUCCCGUAUUUUUGUACACUGCUUUCAUGCUUUGGAAUACUAUUUUUAGAUCGUGUGAUGCUGUAUAUUAAGAGAUCCACCCUCUGUUUUUUGAGAAAAUGUUUUGUGCAUUUUGCAGUUUAGCUGUUCUUUAAAGAUAAAAAACUGUCUUCCCUACAAUAACAAUUUCUGCCUUUUAAUGUGAAUUUUGAAAGGUAAGGAAUACAUCCGAGAAGUAUUUCACCAUGAUAUCCCAUUGUUGACUAGGAUAUUCCUGCCCUAGUGUGAGUUCAGAUCUAAAAAACAAACCUCAGAGGUGGCUCUCAUAGCCUGGCAACACUUGUUUUCUGAGACACAGCAGCAGCACGUGCAGGGCAGCUGGACGUGCAAGCCUUUCCUUGUAUGUGUACGUGUUCCCACAGGAAUAGUGUCUCCGGAAACAGAGAGCACUCCAGAUCUGAGUAUUUCAAAAAGCUGCAUGAUGUCAUCCAGAAAUGGGCGAUGAAAGCCUCUGCCACUUCUUGAGAGCGUACAGCACUUCAGUAGCAGACAGUAACUCUCCCAAAUGCUCCACCAGCUCUCCCAGGCAGUCUUUGUGGCACGGUCCAUACCCUGGCAGUGCAGUUUGACAGGUGUAAGUGCUGCUGAGCUACUAUGUGCCGCGAUUGAGAGACGGGACGCAGCUUGAUGCAAGCAAAAUGUCGUCCUUAUUGCGCAGCUAACUUAUAUUUAUACCAGUUACAGCUAAUUUAGGCUCAUACAUAUUGCAAAAAGCAAGCUCAUUAUUGGCUAAUACAAAAGGGUCUUCUCUCUAAACAUCUGCCUCACUUAACGACAGUUUCCUGCCAUUCAACAAGUACCCGCGAUCAAGCCGCGAUCAAGCCAGCCAUCUUUGUUCAAGUUCUUAUCUCACUCCCUCCUGUGGCCAACAAGUUCCAGCACGUCUGCUUUUAUCAACUGAUCUGUGCUGGGGGUUUUCUUGAAGCCAGACAGAUCCUGUCCAACAACUAUGUGGUAAUUUUUGAGCAUGUCACCUGUUGCUCAUCUGUGAUGCUUCUUUCCUGUACUCUUUCCUCUCACAGGUUUCUUGUUCUCAUUGUUCAUUGGGUUCUCAGCAGCUGUCUGCCCUCCUCUUCUUAUAAGAUUUAUCUCCUCUCUGCAUCCCUGUACCAUCCAUUCCCUUUCAUAUGACAUAUUGCUCCCUUUAGCUGUAUUUGAUUUCUACCAUGCAUCACACAUCCUCCUGUCAUUGCAAUCUUCUCCUAAUUUCUCCGGCUCUGUCUAAAUACCAUUUGAGCACCUUCUACAUACCUCAGUUGCUUGAUUAUCUCACAGAAACCUAAAUGUCUCUGUGUUUUAGCUGAGGGUGCCCUCCUGUUGAGGCUUGCUUUCUUGUUUCCAGUUUUGGUUUCAGACUGUGCAGGUGUUUGCCACUUCCAGGCCUUAUAGCUCUUGAGGAUGCAGUUGGUCUCUUGGAUCACCAUUGCCCGGUGCCACUACCUGCUCACCCAGUCAGUUCUGGUCAUCAGUCCUCCCAUUAUUUCAGUCUGUUGUACUGAUUGAGGACAAGAGGCCUCAUAAGCGCACUGACUUUCCCUUUGCUGUUGCAGGAAGCACAAGGUAUUGCUUCCAGGCCUGUUUGCCUCUCCUCCUUUUUACUAUCAUCACCCCUGUCCCUGUACUGACUGUUGUCACGCCUCAAAGUUUCUAUGUGGUUUUUCCAUGCUGGCUUUUCUGCGCUAAAGGAAUUUGCACAAGGCUACACAGUUAAGAAUUUGUUUUCUAGAUUACUUGAAUCUAGCUCAACAUAGGCUUCUGCUGACUACGCUCUUGUGCUAACUGAAAUUAUGCUCUUUCCUUACCCUUUUAAGGCUUUCUUUUCCUCUAAGCUUUGUGAGGUGGUUUUCUUGGUCUGUAUUUUGACAGCAUUCAACCUGUUGGGACUUUGCCAAAGUGAAUCCCCUGAACAAAUGCCACCUUUAACGGGGUGGGAAGAAAGAAAUUACUUCAGUAACAGGUGAAGUGCAUUAUAUGUUUGUCAUACAAUUAGCAGCUGUUCAGCACAGUGCUAGAGGAGUCCUUGUGGAAGAGAGUGCUGCCUGGAUACGAAACCAAGCUUAAGGUCUGAAUUUUAAGUUAUUGCUAAGGGGUUUCUAUUUGUGCAAAACCUGGAAGCUUUCAUGGAGGGGUGUUGGUCAUAGGUUCUGGCCAUAGGUAUAUACUUUGAAUUAACAUUUUGUGAGUGAUAAGAUGAUAAGAAAGCAAAGAGUCAGGUGUAAAGUGAUUUCCAUGCUAAGGAGGAAGAGUCAGGUGUAAAGUGAUUCCCAUGUUAAGGAGGUUGUCCAGUCCAAAAGUUUGUAAAAGAUUAGAGACUAAGAGGAUGAAUCACAGAAUGGUUUAGUCAUACUGAACUUAGUUCCUGAUGUAUGGUACUGCUGUUGUGUGUUUCACAGUUCUCCAGUUCCAGAGCAUUUCAGAACACUGAAAAUUGAGGAGCUUGCUCUCUUUUUUUGGGAGUGGACUGUUUCAUUGGAGUGGGCUGUUAACCCAGUAGAAAAUAAAGAGUUGAUAAUAUAUUUCUGAAGUUCCUGGUGUGAAGAUUGUUUUGUUUUGAUCAUGUAAAGUUUGGAGAAAACUAAAACCUUGUACUUAAGAAGGCACUGUAGAAGAAGGUAGGAAACAAUUGCUAUAUAGAGAAAGAAAAGUUUUGGGUAUGCAAAUGGAUGAGAAAAGAUCUGUAAGACCUAAAGCCUGGAAAUCAUGUAGAUCUGAAAGAUGACAAAAAGAGCUUCAAUGUUAUGGUGCAAAUAUGAGAGCUGUAGCAUGUAUGAAGUUUUUGUGCAGCAUAGCUUUGAUUUUUGCAUCGUUGGGGCUACCUGAUCCCCAAAUGGCACCAAAGAAAAGUGCUAUAACCUUUGCUGAGGGAGGGAACAUGCAAUCUGCUUUGCCAGCUGGGAUGUUAAUGUGAUCUACAGGAUUUAGCAGCCUAAACAUUUGCUAAUAUCUGGGAGAUAACAUUUUAAACAAGAAAGACAUAAAUACUGCUGUACUUAAUUAUUUUGGGGGGACUAUAAGAGUAAGUAAGGGUAAAAAAGACACAUCAGCUUUUCCUGGUUUUUAGAAUUAGAUCUAGCUGACAGGCCAGCAGUUCUGUUAGCAGUUUUCCAUCUGCUGGCUUAUGGACUGCUGCUACAGGCCAUGCAAUGAAAAAGAAGUCAGUGACACUAAGCUGCAAAUUUCUGUGUGGAGGAAACAGGGUCUGCACACUGAGAGAAUUUGAAAACCAUGGCUCUGUGCUGUGGAAUUUCUGAACCUGCCACAGGGAUACCAUAUCAGGAGUUAGGGAAAAGAAUAUCCAGAUGCUACAGACUGAUGAGUAGGAACUUUAGCAGGAAGCCAUGGCAAAAGCUGGUCAUGCUCGGUGAGCAGCCCUGGGCAGUAGUUUGGGGGUUUCUGUAUGGAACUUGCAGACAGUUUCCAUGUUGCAGACACACCACAAGCUGGCAGCCUUUAGCAGUCUCACAGAAGAGGUAGGAGCUGACUAGCCCGAGUUGUAGGUGGAGAUUGCAGAGCCAGUUGCCUGCACCCAGGAGGCUGGCUCUAAUCUCCCUUCUGUACCAAGCUCGGUUCUGCCAGGGGAAAUCAUCUGCAGCGGGACCCUGUUCAAACAGUUUUGGCCUAGUUUGAGUGGCAUUUGGCUCAUCAUCUGCCUUUAGAAAGUUAGUGCCUGCUAGGAAUAUCCUUUGGUCAGAAGAUUUUGUAAAGAAUUCUUGGCCUUGAAUGCCAAUUUAUGAAUGCCAUAAAGGGGACAGGGAAUGGGAGUCCAGUGUUGGAAAAUCCGUGCCCUACCCUGUGGACUCUGCUGUAGUAAAAGGUGGCUUUUCUCUGCUUUGCCAGCCUCGCUUUUUCUUCAGAGCAAUAGAAGAAGUGUAAUUUCUCCAAACUGUCUUGUAAGGACAAAUUUUUCAGGGAGUAAGUCUUGCAUGGUGUGGUCCUGCUCCAGGGAGAUGCUAAUGGAACUGUGUUUUUCCUGAGUUUGUUGUUCAUGUUUUGUUCCAAGCCACUGCUCUUGGGGUGGUAUGUGUGGAGAUGACCACUGAGAUUUCCCGGUUUCCUAAUGUUUGUUUUUCAGUUGUGAACUCCCACGUUCUGGGUGGGGGAGAAAGGGACGUAGAAAAGACAGCUGUGUGUAAGCAACAUUUAUUUUGCUGUGGGUUUUUUUUUUUUUGUUUGUUUUCAAUAAGCUAAUGAUAGUUUUUUAUUCUCGCACUUCUGCAGUGCCGUGUCACUGUUGACAUUGUGUCAGAUUAAUGUUAGCUGACCGUAAUCCGAACAUUUUACACUCACAUUGACUUUUCGUGGGAUAUGAGUGC